AUGAAAAUAAUUUCUGAAAAAGGGAUUGCUUCUGAUAAUGAAGUAGAGGAGAAUAACUAUGUUACUUUAGAGGAAGAUUUAUAUCAACAAAUGAGAUUAAUGAAGUUAGAUGAUCUAGACUUUCUACCUAUAGAAGUUGUUCAACAAAAGAUUGAAAACAAACUAGGUAAAAGGGUAUCAAGGAGAAGGAGUUGCACACGACCAAGAUACAUACCAGGGAAGACUACCCGGUUUAGUGUCAAGGUUAUGCCUAACCAAAUUCCUAAACAAGAAGAAGUGACUCUUGAACCUAUGAGUCAAACGGGUAAUAAGCUUAAGUUAGAUGGUGUAAGAGAUAGACAAGAUGUUUUAGAUCAGUGGAAGAAGAGUAUGAGUAGUGUACUCAAUUUAAACACUGAAUGGACUUCUGAAAAUUUCUUAAAUUAUAAUGAACAUAGUUUUUAUGACUGUGUAGAAGACUGGUAUGAUGGUAUAGAUGAAGAAGUCAAAGCUACAUUAAGAGCUAGUGAAUCUCCUACUAAAAUGUUUAGACAGUUAUGUCAAUACAUUGAGUUAGAAUUCAUUGGUCCUAGAGCUGAUCUUAAUGAAAAACGAAUGGAAUAUCAAAGAAAGUUAAGUAAUUUGCCCAUCUAUAAUAUGAAAUAUGUUGAUAAUUACAUUAUCGAAUUUGAAACAUAUUAUUAUAAAAUUGGUGAAAAUGAAACAAAUCUUAGAAUGUUCUACGAUAAAUUACCAAGUCCUCUUAAUGAAGAAGUUAGUGAAAAAUAUCAAGAAUGGAAAGAGAAAUUCUUAUCUAGGGAUGCCCUAGGUAAUAGAAUUGUUUUUCUAAGAAAAUGGAUUGAAAAGAAAUGUAGAGAGGUUGCAGGAACCCAACAAAUGAAGAGACAAUUUCUCACUUGUUGGGAUUUCCCAAAUAACUAUGGAUGUGAAAGAAAAAACUAUAAUAAGAGGAAGAAUUAUAAGAAAAAUAAAUUUGACAGAUCAAGAGGAGAAACCUAUAAGAAGAAGUACUAUAACAUAAAUACAGAAAACCGAGUAGGUUUUUCAGAAAGGCAGCAUAUUGUCCUGAGAAAAAGAAAACAUGCAAGUGUUUGGUCUUGUGGAGAAUUAGGAAACUAUGCUAAUGAAUGUAAGAAAGUUAAUCAUAAACUAAUAAAAGCCUCAGGUAGUUGGGACUACAUAGAAAUACCAGAAGAUGAGGCUUUAGAUUUGGCUUUAAGUAAUAAUAAAGGAAUAGUAGAAAUCAUAGAAGAAGAAAAUGAGUAUAAUGAAGAACCUGAAGAUAGUGAGUUUGAAGAUGAAAAUUAUGAAGAAAUAAUUACAAUGAUAAAAGGGGAAGUAUUAGAAAACUCAGAAUCAGACGAUGAGGAUAAAAUUAAAGUAAAAUGA